AUGGUUGCAGUAAAUGAUGGAAUCCGCAGCAGAAAGAAGGCAUCAUCAAGAGGAGAUAACAGGUUUGUUGGUGUAAGACAAAGACCCUCAGGGAGAUGGGUGUCAGUGAUUAAGGACUCAUUUAAAAAGGUUAGGCUUUGGCUUGGAACAUUUGACACAGCUGAGGAUGCAGCUCUUGCAUAUGACAAUGCUGCUCGUGCUUUGCGUGGUGCCAAUGCUCGCACCAACUUUGAUUUGCCAGAAUCUGCAACCCCUUGUGGUGGUGGUGGUCCCAACUACAUGCCAGAUAUCAUUGAGCCUUUUUCAUUUGAGGAUGUGUGUGAGCCAGGUGAAGGUGAAGGUGCUGGUGGCCUUCUUGGUGCACUCAAGGCUAAACUGAUUCAUGAAAAGGGGUUGAAGUUUCCCUCACAUGCUAGUUCCCCAAUUGCUGGUGUUGAAUCUAGUGCUGCAAGAUCAACUCAGAAGUAUAAUGGGAAAAAAGAGCUAUCAUCAUCUGGUUCUGACUUCCCUCGGAUGAAUGGAAGUUCAAGCAGCACUGUGCCGGGUUUAACUUGUACUUUAUCAAACACUUCUGCUAAGAGUGUGCUUAUCCCUUAUCAUGAUGAAGGUGCUCUAGCAUGCAAUGAUGCUGGAGUCAACUCAAAUCAAAUUUCUCAACCUCCACCCAUGACAAGUGUGAGUUGGUCCAAUGAAAUAGUAGUAUAUGAUAUGCCUUGGCCUACACAGAUUUGUCAAGUUCCUGAAAGUAGCUUGUUUGCCCCUGUAAGUGCAGGCACCUCUACAAGCCCACUUUCUGGGGUCCAUGAGUCCACUAUUGGUAUGAAAAAUUCAGAUCUUAGGCCUUCAAUUGGUAACAGAAGUGACCAAGUCAAUGUAAUGGGCAUGCAAUUGCCUCUAAUUGGUGGAGCAACAACUGAAGGAUUUUGGACACCCAAGCACACUCAAUUCGUGCUGUGUGAGAACAGCAGUUGGUUUGGUUCUAGUGGCUCAUGGGAUCCUGUUCUCUCUGUGUCCUCUGAGCUAGCUUGA